GCACCAUUGCCCGCUACCUGUGGCUUUGCUGGGAUAUCAAGUGUGGUGUAUUUUUCACUAACCUUUGGAGUGAAUCGCCCAGAAUAAUACACAGACAAUAAGCUGACACAGAAGUCGUCUGCGCCAUGUCUGGAUCCAUACCAUUCUACCAGAAACGUCAUCAUCACUAUGACCUCGGCUACCGCAGCUCAGAGAUGGAGUCCACCAUGAGCCGCUACCAGUCCAGCAGCAGGUUGACCGCUGGCAGCAGCAGCUCUGCUCUGAGCAGCAGCAGGGGGCUGUCUGUGUCUUCCCUCUCUGGGCUGGAGGAGAGCAGACUGAGCCCCUUGCCCAAGAGACCUAAGCCAACUUACUUAGCGGUGGACAGAGAGAACCACGUCAUUGGAUAUGUAGUACCUAUCUUCAGGGGCAGUCGAGAGUUUGCCUCAGGAUUUUCUGAUACAGAGGAGGCCAGGGGCAGGGACACUGCUCAGAUGAGCCGCAGGGAACUGUUCAGCAGUGGCCUGGAGAUGGAGCAGACCUCCAGGAAGGAGGCCAUGCGUGAGACGGCCAAUCGCAUCUCUCUCAACAAAAGGAUCCAUGAACAAGGAGAGCACUUUAAGCGUAUGAACGAAGACAGCCUGAUGCACUCUCCAGAGUUUGUGAUUAAGCCUCGCUCCCACACAGUAUGGGAGAAGCAGUGUGUGCGCCUGCACUGUACUGUUAGCGGUUGGCCUGACCCCAGGGUCGUCUGGUACAAAAACAAUGUGGCCAUUGACCCCCUUGGCAACCCAGGAAAAUAUAAACUUGAGAGCAAAUACAAUGUCCACUCACUGGAAAUCAACAGGUGUGAUUUUGAUGACACGGCGCAGUAUCGAGUUUCUGCCAUGAACUCCAAGGGGGAGCUGUCUGCCUUUGCCUCUGUCGUUGUAAAGAGGUUUAAAGGUGAAGUUGAUGAGUUUCUGCCUGCCCCCAGGCAGGGCCCUGUGUCUGAGUAUGGCAUUACCUUCCAGACUCACAUUGUUGAUACAUUUGGAGUUUCAUUUGGAAGAGAGGGCGAGACAAUGAGCCUGGGAUGUACCGUCAUCAUUUAUCCAACUUUAAACCGAUACCAGCCUGAGAUCCAGUGGUACAGAGAUGAUGUUUUGCUGUCUCCUUCUAAAUGGCACCAGAUGCAAUGGAGUGGGGACAGAGCCACGCUGACACUCAUACACCUGAACAAAGAGGAUGAGGGACUCUACACUUUACGUGUCACUACAAAGUCUGGAUAUGAGACACACUCGGCCUAUGUGUUUGUGAGAGAUGCUGAGACCGAGGUGGAAGGAGCCCCGGCUGCCCCUCUGGAUGUUCGUUGUCUUGAUGCCAAUAAGGAUUACAUAAUUGUCACUUGGAAACAGCCAGCAGUCGAUGGUGGCAACUCUAUUCUUGGCUACUUUGUGGACAGAUGUGAGGUUGGAACAAACCACUGGGUCCAAUGCAAUGAUACUCCAGUGAAGUUUGCCCGUUUCCCUGUCACCGGGCUGGUUGAAGGCCGCUCCUAUGUGUUCCGUGUCCGUGCUGUGAACAGCUGUGGUAUGAGCCAUCCAUCCCGAGUGUCUGAGCCUGUAGCUGCCAUGGACCCGGCAGACCGUGCACGUAUGCGAGGCACUUCUGCUCCCUGGACUGGACAAAUCAUUGUGACAGAGGAGGAGCCUGCAGAAAGUGUUGUUCCUGGAAGACCUCGAGAACUGCAAGUGACAGAGGCCACCAAAAACUAUGUGGUGUUGAGCUGGAAGCCCCCAGGGGAGAAGAGCCUUGAAGGUCUCAUGUAUUAUGUAGAAAAGUGUGUCUCUGGCACAGACAAUUGGCAGAGAGUGAACACAGAGAUCCCAGUCAAAUCCCCACGCUUUGCACUGUUCGAUUUGGCUGAAGGGAAAUCCUACAGAUUUCGCGUUCGCUGCUGCAACUCUGCUGGAGUAGGCGAGCCAUCUGACCCAACCGAAGCCACCACAGUUGGAGACAAACUUGAUAUCCCAGCAGCUCCAGGCAAAGUGGUCCCCACUAGAAAUACAGACACCUCAGUGGUAGUGUCAUGGGAAGCCUCCCAGAAUGCAAAGGAAUUAGUGGGAUACUACAUAGAAUGUAGCAUUGAGGGCAGCAAUGUUUGGGAACCAUGCAACAACAAGCCUGUGAAAGUCACCAGGUUCAUCUGCCAUGGCCUGAUCACAGGGGAGAGGUACAUCUUUAGGGUGAGGGCAGUCAACGCAGCAGGACUCAGCAAUUUCUCCCCAGAAUCUGAGGCUGUUGAAGUGAAGGCUGCUAUUGGAGGCGGCAUUCCUCAUGGUGUGUUGGAGAUGGGGCCAGGGGGUAACUUGGGCCAACUAACUGAGCACAGGCCACUCUGGAUGGGCACGCAUGAGACUGUCCAGUCCCCUCCUGACACUGUGCCAAAGGGCAAAGCUCAAACUUGUAAUGAUCCCAGGCAGGGGCCCGGGGCCCAUCAAAAGUCUGUGAGCACAGGCUGCAGGCCCCGGACCUCUAACCUUGGCACAGAGCAAUCCACAGACUGUGUGUCAGCUGUAGCUGUAGACUCACUCACUCACACUGUUGCACAUGUAGAGCCUGUCACACUACCUACCUGUGAGCCUGCCUCUGCUCAGUCUAAGGUCUUUGUAGAGGGGCUUACUGACCCUGAGCCCGCACAGGCAUGUAAGUUCUCUUUAGAUGCUUCUGCUUAUCAAGACACUACAAGGCCAAGGAGAGAGUCCACAGCUUCCCCCACUCCACCCUAUGGCAUCACUGUUUUGGAGUGUGUGCGUGACUCUAUGGUGCUUGCAUGGAAACAGCCCAAAUCUAUUGGUGGCGCUGAUAUCACAGGCUACUUUGUGGAUUACCGGGAGGUCAUUGAUGGAGUGCCAGGGCAGUGGCAUGAAGCCAACAUUAAGGCAGUCAGUGAGAGAGCAUACAGAGUGUCUGAUCUGCUGGAGAAUAGAAAGUAUCAGUUCCAGGUGAGGGCUGCCAACAUGGCAGGUGUGGGAAUCCCAUCUUUGCCUAGUGACACUUUCCUGUGUGAGGAGUGGACCAUCGCAGUCCCAGGCCCACCUCAUGACCUGGAGAUCAGAGAGGUGCGUAGUGAUUCCAUGGUGCUACUAUGGAAACCACCUGUAUAUCAGGGCCGUGACCCGGUGAAUGGAUUUUACAUUGAUGUCAAGGAAGCAGAGGCUUCAGAGGAGGCAUGGAGAGGUGUAAACACCAAGGCCACCAACAAGACAUUUUUCAAGAUCAAAAACCUAAGUGAAGGACAGAAUUAUGUGUUCCGUGUCCGUGCUCAAAACCAAGCGGGUGUGGGCAAAUCCUCAGAGGUCACAGAGCCCAUCCAAGCUGUCACUAAACCAGGCACCAAGGAGAUUGUUGUGGAUGUUGACGACGAUGGUGUCAUCUCUCUUAACUUUGAAUGUGGUGAAAUGACACAAGACUCCAAAUUUGUGUGGUCCAAAAACUAUGAAGAAAUCUCUGAGUCAUCUCGGCUAGCUAUAGAGACCAAGGGAAACAAGUCCAAGGCUGUGUUCAGCAGUCCUGCAGAGGAAGACAUUGGGAUUUACUCGUGUCAUGUCACUCACACGGAUGGUGCUUCCUCCAGCUACACUUUGUCUGCUGAAGAGCUGCAAAGACUGCUGCAGAUCAGCCAUGACCAUAAGUUCCCCAUUAUUCCACUGAAGUCAGAGUUGGCUGUGGAGAUGUUGGAGAAGGGCAGGGUCCGCUUUUGGCUGCAGGCAGAGAUGUCGGGAAAUGGCCACAUUGAUUAUGUGUUCAAUGAUAAUGGCAUUUCUCAGGGGGAGAAAUACAAGAUGAAUUUUGACAAAAACACUGGAAUUAUUGAGAUGACCAUGGAGUCUUUGACUCCUGCUGAUGAGGGGACCUACACCUUCCAGCUACUGGAUGGAAAAGCUAAGAACCAGUCUAGUUUGGUGCUUAUCGGGGAUGUGUUUAAAGAGCUGCAGAAGGAGUCUGAGUUCCAAAGAAAAGAAUGGUUCCGAAAACAAGGUCCUCACUUUAUUGAGUACCUGAGCUAUGAGGUGACACCAGAAUGCUGUGUGCUACUUAAGUGCAAGGUUGGAAACAUGAAGAAAGACACCACUGCAAUUUGGUACAAAGAUGGUAAAGAGAUCAAAUCAGAUAACAACCUGGGCUUCACAGAGGGAGUGCUGAAGCUAGAAAUUGCCCAGCGUGACUCCCCAGCAGAAACAGCAGAGUAUGCCGACAGCCUUCUCUGGAGAAAACUCAAAAUUUCCAAGAAAGAUUCUGGUGUGUAUGAAGUUGUUCUGAAGGAUGACAGAGGACAGGAUACUUCUAAGUUGAAUUUGACAGAACAAGGUUUUAAAGACUUGAUGAACGAGGUUUUCAGUUUUAUUGCCAAUUCCUCCACUCCACUGAAGAUCACCAGUACAGAAAAUGGCAUCCGACUCUACACAUUUGUCAGUUAUUACAACGACUUGCUCCAAGUAACAUGGCAUUACAAGUGA